GAUUGGUCGGCUUCUCAGCAAAGCUCCGCCUACUUAAAAGUGAAAUGUACAUGCUGUCUGCUGGAAUCAACCUAUGAUCAUAACAUAUCUGUAUUCUGUGAAGGAACAGGAACUAUUUUUGAUCGGCUGGAUGAAGUAACUUAAGUAACUGCAGUCAAGGGCGUUAGAUAUCUUCUGCUCGUUGUUGUAUUGUAACUUUACUGAGCUCGAUAGGUUAGCUAACCGGCUAACGUUGCAUGGUGCUGCUCAGUGUGCUUACACCAAAAGACUUCCACAGGAAACACCUUUUCUCUGAGACAUGAGUGAAAGCAUAGAUUUGACUUAUGAACCUGAGUGGACCCAGGAAAACCUCCAGAGGCUCCUUGAUUCAUUGAGAAACAGCAUCCCAGCACAUGAGAUAUUUAGCAUAUACCACAAAGGACUGAGGACUGUUGACUGGAACAAGGUGGCCUUCACCCCUUUCUCUCCUGUGGCAUGCUGCGACAAGUGGACAGAGAUUUUGCAGAAGAUGCGCAAGAUCAAGACCCUUACAGAGCUCAUCGAUGAAGCUGAAGAUGCCCUUUAUGAUCCUAUGGAGAACAACAGGUGUAAAAAGAUCCCCCCAGUUCACCCAAAGAGACCACCCAAACCGAAUGUCAUCUUUUAUGAGGAGAACUGGACCAAGUAUCAUGAGAAGAACCCAUACAUGGACAGCCAGCAGCUGUGUGAGGCCCUAAGCAAGAAGUAUCAGAAGCUUUCAGAUGAACAGAAGGCUCCAUAUUUGGAGAAAUACAUGCUUGGAAUUGAAGACUUCUGGAAAAAAAUGAAUGCAUUCAGGAAAAAGGUUAACCCGCCCCCUUCUUCCAGGAGGAAAAGGGUCUCCGCUGGGGAAGAUGAAGAUAGUAUGCCUCAAGAGCCCCCUGUCGAUGUCUACAGUCUGUUCUGCACAGAGCAAAGAAGACUCAUGCCAGCUGACCAUGGAAAAAACCAAGAGCAAAUGUGGUCCCAAAAGUGGCGAGCUUUGACUGAAGAGCAGAGAGAAGAGUACAGGGACAGCCACCGUGAGUUGAGGAAGGAGUACUUAGUCAAGUUGAAUGAAUAUCUAGUGAGUUCGAAUGACAAGGAGCGGAAGCGGGUCGUCGGUAAACGGGGCACGAAAAGACCGAAGCUGACUGGAACAAUGAACAGAUUUCAAGACGAGCCGAAGAUACCACCUCGAACUGGUUAUGUCACUUUCUUCGAAGAGCAGAUGGAACUUCUUAAAGAGGAAUUCCCAAACUCAAGUGAGCACUCAGGAGAGGUCGGCAAAAUGUGGCGGGACCUCUCCAUCACAGAGAAGAAAUCCUACGAACAAAGAGUGCAACAAAAUAUGACAAAAUAUUCAAAAGAGCUGCAGAAGUGGUUUGGGAAUUUGACGUCAGCCGAGCAGAAAGUCUUUCUGAGCGGCAACCCCAACAAAAAACAAUACCUUGAUGCUGAAUUACCAGAAGUCCACGACAGAGAUAAUCACCCUAAGCACAGAACGUUGGAUUCAGAGGACAUUGAAAGCAGUAGCAGUGGUGAAGUGGUCUAUUCAGAGGGUGAGGAACUGGAGGGAGAUGGAGAAGGUGACAUGUUUGAGAUGUUUUAAGAUGCUGGUGAGUUGGACAGCGGAGGCGACUCACACACAUGAACCCCAGAGCUGGAUUCUGGAUUGUAGGAGAUGGACAAUCGCUACAAUAGCAGAUUUAAAAUGUCACAUUUGAUGACCGUCUUGUGACAAUGAAGAAGUUGUCAUCAGUACUCCCUUGCAAAGUGCCCCAACCAAAACUGGAAUGCUCACCAAACCAAGAUUCCAAGAGACCACAAAGGCUCCAGGUUACUGUUUGUGUGGGAAUAUACACUGGUAAAGCCUUUGGGAUCAUGGAUUAUAUUUAUAUACCAAAAUAACUGAAAGACUGAGAAAAAAAAUGAUCUUGUUUUUGCUAACCGGAUUUAUUUUGAUGGAGAAUGAGCACCUCUUAUCAAGCAUAUUUAUUGUACUUUUUUUUUGUUUGAGAAGAUGACUGAUCUCUUAAUAAAUGUGUUCUGUAAAAGUGUGA